UCGUUAUUUCCAUUCCGUUUACUUGACUUCACCACUCUCCAUUACCCAAAUGUACACUAUUCACUUCAUCAUAUAAUCACACUAAAAUUUCAGAUCUAACCACUUCUCUGAUUGAAAAAUGGCCCAAGAAAGUACACAUUCAUUUGAUGGCCAGCUUCACAGAGACAAAAAACCAAAAGACAAAAUCAUUAGUCUAAUUUUACGGCCAUUUAAUUGGCUAAAAAAGCUAAGUGAGGAGUUACACUGGAGUUUUGUAUCAUCUGUAGUUAUUGUGUAUGGAAUUAAUCAGGGAUUAAGUUUAGGGCUAAGUAGAAUUAGUACACAGUAUUAUAUGAAAGAUGAACAGAAAUUACAACCAUCUGAAGCUCAAGUUUAUUUUGGAAUUAUUCAAUUACCUUGGGUUGUUAAGCCUCUUUGGGGACUUUUAACUGAUACACUUCCUAUUUUAGGAUAUAGAAGGCCAUACUUCAUUCUUGGUGGUUUUAUUGGUGUUGUCGCUAUGAUUAGUCUGUCAAUCAACCAGAACUUACCCCUUGCAUCUGCUUUGUUGUGCCUAAUGGCUGGCAGUGCGGGAGUGGCAAUAGCAGAUGUGACUAUUGAUGCUUGUGUGACGGAGAACAGCAUAAGCCAUCCUUCUCUUGCCAGUGACAUGCAAAGCUUGUGUGGUCUGAGCUCUUCUGUGGGGCAACUGAUUGGGUUCGCAAUCAGUGGGUUUUUGGUACAUCUAAUUGGAUCGAAGGGGGUAUUUGGAAUUUUAAGCAUUCCUGCUGCACUGGUCAUUUUAGUAGGAAUGAUGACUCGUGAAGCCCAUGUACAUAACAGUGCAUAUAAGCGUGCAAGUCAAAAAUUCUCGGAUGCUGGUAAGGCUAUGUGGAUGGCACUGAAAUGCGAGAAUGUUUGGAGGCCAUGUAUAUACAUGUACAUUUCUCUAGCGUUGAGCUUGCAUAUUCAUGAGGGAAUGUUUUACUGGUAUACAGAUGCAAAGGAUGGACCAUCUUUUUCAAAGGAGAUGGUAGGGUCCAUAUCUUCUGUUGGUGCAGUGGGCUCUCUUCUUGGUGUUCUCCUCUACCAGAAUGCGUUUAAAAACCAUCCUUUUCGUGGUUUACUUUUCUGGACUCAGUUACUGUACGGUGCUUCGGGGCUGGUCGAUUUAAUAUUGGUCUCACGUGUGAACUUAAAAUUUGGUAUCCCUGAUUAUGUUGUUGUUGUAAGCGAUGCAGCAUUCUCUCAUCUGAUUGGGCGUCUCAAAUGGAUGCCUCUCCUUGUACUCAGUUCAAAGCUUUGCCCUUCAGGCAUUGAAGGAACUUUUUUCGCUUUGCUAAUGUCAAUCGAUCAUAUUGGUAUGCUCACAGCAUCCUGGGGUGGAGGCCUUUUACUUCAUGCCUUCAAUGUUACAAGGACACAAUUUGACAACCUUUGGAUUGUGAUAGCGAUCCGGAGCAUUUUAAGAAUACUUCCUGUUUGCAGUCUAUUUUUGAUACCGAGCAGUGAUCCAAACGCUUCUAUCCUCCCAUCCGAGAUGUUGAAGAGUAAAAAGGGCGACGAUAUGUUGGACAAUCAGAACAUGGAAAUGGCUUCUCUUGUGAGCAGUGUGGAUCAGCAUUUAGUGGAUACAUGAGCGCGAACUGUAAAACUAGGUAACUGUACUCCGGUGUGAAACUUCAUGUGUUCUCCUGUGCUGCUGAAUUUUGUAUGCAGCACGACAGAAAUUAUACUAGAUGGAUGAUCAGCUUUCUGGUAAAAAAGAGAGUUGAGCUGACUGAGCCAAGUUAUUCAUCCGGUGAGGCUUAGAUUUCUUGUAUACUUGUAUUCCUUCAUAACACUUCAGGAAAGAUGACCUUCUGAAUUUAUAUGUACUAGUAGCUGUAAUUUCUUGGAAUCUUUCUGCUAGUACAGUUGGCUUUGUUCUUGCUGUUAUAGAGAGGACAGAAGGAAUCUUUUUGUCCCUGGUGGGCUUGA